AUGCCCCCUUGUGUUGGUGCACUUGAUCAGCUUUAAGCUGCGUGUGUAGCAGAACCACAGUGAGGCGUCAGUGACACGGAAGAGAAAGGCUUUAAACCACUUUCAGGGAAUACACAUAGAGAACUUUCCUACAACGCUGUAGGUGCAUUUAUUUUGUCUUUACAGCCACAUACAGCAAACAUUUAUAGAUUAAGAGACCUCAGACACACACUGAGUGAGGAAGUGUUUUUUGAGCCUCAGCUUUCGUCUACUUUAGUCAUUCACUAAUACAGCAAUGCAGGACUUUCAUGGAUAUACUGUUUCCAUCUCUGGUGUGCUGUUGUUUGUGCUUCUACAGGGUGUGCAUGCUGUUUUGGCUAAUCAGAAGACAGUGAUCAGAGCUAGAGGGAGCUCCCUGAACUUUCAGCCAGAAUAUCCAGAUGGGACAGUGUCAUUCGCUGAGUGGAAUUUCAAUGGGAAAAAGUUUGCUGACUACAAUUCAAACCGCAAUUACUCAUUUCCAGAAUCACAAUUCAGUGGAAGAGUAAAAGAGAACCAUGACAGAGUUGGAGUAACUGUACAAAAUCUUCAACCCCAAGACUCUGGGACAUUCUCAGUGGUUGCAGAUGGAACUAGAGGACAGCCUCCAACACAAACAUUUAAAGUUUAUAUUGAAGACCCCAUAACAGCUGUGCAGAUUGGGAAGAAUCAGACGUGGAGAUUGUCCACAAACAGCUGUGAUGUUGAUGUGAAGUGUGCAGCGCUCGGUGCUGAGAGUGUCUCCUACCUGUGGAGGGGCUAUAAGACUGGGAGUGGAGCUCAGCUGCAGUUCAGUCUCUCACCAGCAGAAGGAGCUGUUACACUGAACUGCACUGCAGCUAACAACGUCAGCUCCAGUUCUGCUACAGAGACACUGAGCUGUAGCUCUGAACAUCCAGGAACAGAAGCUCCAUUGUCAGUGCUUAAACUGAUCAGUAGUCUAGUGGCAGCCUCUCCGUAUCUGUUGGUGACCAUCAUCCUGGGUGUAAAAUGUUACAGAGCUCGAGGUCAUCAUAACAGGCAGUAUGCUGUAACUGUAAUUGAGGAAUAAACACUUGGCUGUCUGUGGUUCCCAUGUCACAGAUUUACAGUUUAUUGAAGCUGAAAAAAAUUACUCUGUUUAAAAUAUCUUGCAUAGUUUUAUUUUUUAAAUGAUUUUUUCAUUUACACUCAGAUCUCAGGGGCAAGGAAUGUACAGUACUGUUCUUAUGUUUGCAGUUUUCUGGAUUGAAUGUUGGAGCUUCUCUUCCAGGUUAGAGGUCACAACACUGUGUGCCCUUAUGACUGCUGGGAAAGCUCAAUUUUCACUCAUCUUCAACCUUUCAGUUCCUCUUCCAACCCCUUGUAUUUCACCAGAUUCUUGUAUUUCUUCAUUUGUAUGUUGCCAUCAUUUGAUUGCCAAAUCUAUCACAACUGCAGUAUUCUGGUCCUUUUCUAUUCUCACCAUCUGUUUGUUUAUCUGGCUGUAUCUGGACGACACACUGGAUUUUUGUUUUCUUUUGUUUUCUUCUGCUCCCUGUGAUUCCUCUCAUCAGGAGAUAGUACUGUCCAAACCAUAUUCAUGUUUAUCUGUCCCUGUACACAAUCCCCACUAUGUUUACUGCAGUUAAAAUCAUAAUGUGUUGUAAUAGAUUAAAUGUAAUCUGGUUUGUGUAAUCUGAUCAAGGAGUUGUGAACAGAGGAGUAUUUUAAUGUCCGAGUAUCUUUAUAUUUAUAUAAUAUGCGUCAUUACAUUUUUGGAUAUCACUCUGACUGAGAGAACAUUUUAUUUUAGAAAAAGAGAAAGCAGGAGGGAGAGGGGAAGCAUUUGUAGUUUUAAUGUAAAAUGUUUAUUCUCUAACUAUUCUCUGGAUUUGGCCUUGAUAUCUGUUUCUGGACUGUUGUGAAUGACCUCUGGACAGUUUCUGACUCUAAUUUUGUAUACUGGACUCUUGUAUUUAUUAAUAAACCUCCAGGACAUGGAUCCUCACACAUUU